GGGGGGGGUUAACCCAAAGAGCCCGGGAACUAACAGCAACAACUCGGUGCGUCUAUCUUGACGCUCGACCCGGACGCCCCCCCCCCCCCCACAAUUGGGGCGUCCAACUGAGCACCCGAGCGUUGGCGUUUCCCCCCCCCUCCCCACCAACCAGGCAAAGCAGGAGGCGGAGGGCGAAGCUGCUGCGCGUGGAAGCGCCGCGGAGCAAAAAGAAGAAAAAAAAGUUUGCAGGAAGCAGCUUCCUCCGACUCCCAACUUCUGCCUUGACAGAUCUCUGGAGAGGAGGAGGAGGAGGAGGAGAGGCAGCAGCGAGCCCCGGGUCCUGCGCGCGCUCGAGGGGAAACUGGCCAGAGGCUUCUCGGAAGGGAAUCCCCGUUUUUCCAAGCCUGCGUGGUCAUUACAAGGCUGGAGAACUUCCAAAGAAUCCCCAUUAAUCCUUUUCUAAGAUCAGCGCUGGUACAAAGCGCGAUUGAAAGGAGAUAAUUGCGGAACUUGGGGUGUGGCAAAAAUGACUUCAUACUGUAUCCUUCCAGCAUUUGCUUUGAUGAUUGGAUGUUUAGCAUUUCCAGGUCCUGUGCCUAGAAGUGGCUGUCUGUUGUCUCAGGUCAACAGUUCACAUCCAGUCCAAGCUUUGCUCGAAAGCUUUACUGUCUUAUCUGGCUGUGCAAGCAAAGGAACUGCUGGAUUGCCACAAGAAGUUCACAUCCUCAAUGUUAGGAAUGCAGAAGAUGCUGGCCACCAUGAAAGAGAGGUUGUUUUGCAUUUGAACCCAAUUGCUUCAAUGCAUAUUCAUCAGAAACCUUUGGUGUUCCUCCUGAACUCUCCUGUGCCUCUAACAUGGAAAGUGAAAACAGAAAGACUUGCUUUGGGGAUCCAGAGACUUUUCAUUGUUUCAGCAGGCUCCAUGGUGCAGUUUGAGAAGGAAGGCUUUUCCUUGACAGCAAAGAGAGAAGAGAAACCCCUUCCCCAAGGAAAUAAGCAUCUCUUAGAGUGGGCUGAAAAGGAAUAUGGAGCAGUAACAUCCUUCACUGAAUUUAAAAUAUCCAGGAACGUUUACAUAAAAGUGGGUGAAGUUCCAUUUUUUCCUACAACAUGCAACAUAGAAAAGAACUUUAUUUCUUUAAACUACCUUGCGGGAUACCUACAACCAAAAACAGCAGAAGGAUGCAUUAUGUCUAGUGUGGCCCAUGAUAAAGAAGUUCAUAUAAUUGAACUUAUUGCACCUGAUUCAAACAGCGCUUUCCAGGUGGAUAUCAUCAUUGACAUCAGACCAUCUCGGCCAGACACCACGCUUGUCAGGAAUCUUGUACUUAUCCUCAAGUGCAGAAAGUCUGUCAACUGGGUCAUCAAAUCCCAUGACGUGCAGGGGAGGUUGGAAGCCAUUACAUCGAAUGGGGUUGGCUUUGGAAAAGAAACCGAACGCUCUAUGACUAUGAGUAAAACCAUUGUGUUUGAUAUGCCUUCCUCUCAUGAGAAUUUGAUUGCCUGGGCAUAUGAGCAUGGUCACUACCCAGUUACUACUUAUACAAAAGCACCCCUUGCUAAUAGAUUUCACCUACAACUUGUGGAUGCAGAAGAAAUGAAUGAUGAAGAAGAAGAGGAUUUCCUUCCACCAGAGCUGAAGGAACUGCUACAUGGCAUUAAAUCCCCUCCAACCUCACGUUUGGACCAAGACAUGCAUUUCAGUUUUCUUCAUGAGAACAACCAAGGCUCCUUGCCGUCGGCCGAUACUGUUGACCCAAUCAUAGCUAGCCAUGGUUUUGAACAGCUUCUUCCAAGAGACCCGGAACCAGAAGAAGUGCAGGGUAGCGUUGAUGUCGCCAUGUCUGUGAUAUGUAACGAUACAUCCAUGAUGGUAGCGGUAGCAAAAGACUCACUGGAGGCUAGCGGUUUCAUUGGGACACAGCUCUCUCUGCUGGAUCCUACUUGCAGAGCUAAAUCAAACAGGACCCAUUUUAUUCUGGAGUCGUCUUUGCACGAUUGUGGGACCCGACAGAUUCCCUAUCCUUUGGAUAACGUCGUCUAUCUCAACUCUAUUGUUAUCCAGGUGUCACCAUCAACUGAAGCUAGUGGUUGGCCAAUUGAUUAUGAAGACAUGGAAUCAGGGGAUAAUGGUUUCCCUGGGGAUAUGGAUGAAUCAGAUAUCACCUUUUUCAGUCGGCCUGUAAUUGUUGUGUUCAAUUGCACAUUCCAUCAACCCAGAGAUUCAAAGGUUUCCAGGUUCUGGCCACCUGAAGUACGUGUUGGCAAUGCCACCUUUGGAAUGGAACUCUAUGAGACGGAGCUUUUUCGGACUCCAGUUCAAGGAUUCUUCUCUGUUGCAGACAACAGCCAGAUUUUUGUUGAGAUUUCUCUGACAAAGGCUGAAAGAUCCCUGGGCUUUGUAAUCCAAACUUGCUUUAUUUCACCAAAUUCCUAUCCUGACCGAAUGUCAGAAUACACCAUUAUUGAAAAUGUUUGUCCUAAAGAGGAGUCUGUAAGAUUCUUCAAUGUUCCAAAAGCUAAUUUUCCUGUACCAAAUGCCCAUACUGACAAAAAGCGGUUUAGCUUCUUGUUCAAAUCCACAUUCAACAGCUCUCUUCUCUUUCUACACUGUGAGGUGACCUUAUGCACGAAAAGAGAAAAAGAUAUUCCAGGAUUAGCUCAGUGUAUCCUUCCAGAUGAAGCUUGCACCUUUCUUAAUGUUGAUAUGAUCUUUGCAAUGAUGCAAAAUAAGAAAACCUUCACCAAACCCCUUGCUGUGAUAACUAAAGGGAGACCAGAAGAUAAAUCCUCCCACUUGAAUCCUUCUGAAGGAUCAGCGUCUGUUGUGUACGGCCUGGACACGUUGACAGUUGUGGGAAUUGCGUUUGCAGCUUUUGUGAUAGGUGCACUGCUGACAGGAGCCUUAUGGUUUAUCUAUUCCCGCACAGGAGACCCAGAAGGAAGGCAGCAGGUUCCCACAUCACCACCACCCUCUGAAAACAGCAGUGCAGGCCACAGCAUCGGCAGCACACAAAGCACCCCCUGUUCCAGCAGCAGCAGGGCCUAACACAGGAGGCCGGACGGAAAUGCACGCAGCGUCAUCAGAGACCAGAGGUUCAAAAACACAGCUGUUUGUUGCCUUUUGCUUCCACUGGUUUGGAUCCCUUGGCAAAAUGAGAAGGCGUUUCCUUCUUUUUUUCAGCUUUUUCCGGAUAAACGUGGUCCUUGAAUCUCCCGCCGCAUGCUAAGGCUACAAGUGACGGAGCUACUCCAUUUGUGCAGCUGUGGACCGGGUACAAAGGUCCACGCGUUCUCAAUGUGAAACACAACUCCCCCCACCCCCCUGUAAAUGCUGCUUUGUCUCCAUAGAGAAUCUCCAUAGAGAAGCUGAGUUUUGCAAACAUGUAGGAGACGCCAGGUGUCGGCAAAAGGGAUUUCAGUCUUAUAAGCUGGGGAAGGGGUUUGGUUGUUGUUGUUGUUGUUUCUUAACCUCCCUCGCUCCCCACUGGGCACAAAAGCAGGGUGGUUUCAAAUGCCACAUUUGAAACUGAUUUCCUCCGAUACACAACGCAGGUCACCGUAGCUGUGUCACUGUGUAAUUGUUGAGCUUGACUUCGGAAAGCCUUUUUCCCGCUGGUUGUGCUGUUCUCCAUUGAAAGGAUUUGUAUCCACUGAAGCUUUUGAAAGGAAAGCAGCAUACAGGGGCUAAAAAUACUUGUUGGUUAGAUAUUUGUAAUUACUUAUCCUUUCUUCUCAUAUAUCCAAAAGCUUGUUUGAAUACUUAGGGUAGCUUUAAAGGUUGCUCCAUUUUCCCCCCCCCUUACUGGGAACUACCUUCCCCCCCCCCAGGACGGAGCGGCUUGUCUCACCCUGUAACCUAAGAUUUCUCUACAAGGCGCUCUUUGUAUUCUGCAUGCUUUUCACCUGCUCUUUGUCUCGUGGCGAUUUGCAUUAAGCCAUCACAUGGUCCUCUCUCACAGCCUUGCUUCAUGAAAGGGAGGGGUCCCCGGGCCACGGACUGGUCCAUGGCUGUGGCCGCACAGCUGGAGGUGAUCGAGCAAAGCUUCAUCUGUAUUUGCAACUACUCUCCAGUAACUAGCAUCACAGCCUCAGCUCCACCUCAGAUCAUCAGGCAUAAGAUUCUCAUAGGUGAACAACCCCUUCUCUACACUGCGCAUGCGUCGGAUCUAGGUUGUGCGCUCCUCCCCCCCCCCUCCUUGGUCUGUGGAAAGAUUGUGCUCUACAAAACCGGGCCCUGGUGCCAAAAUGUUUGGAGACCGCUAAUGGGAGAUGUGCUUGCAGAUGUAACCGCCUCCCUACUCACUGUUGUGUUAGAUGUUGCUUCGUAGAUUCAUUUCCACUGAGUGAGUUUGCAGAAUUGUCUACGGCUUUUACAUAGAAUGCGGAAAUCCUAUUUUUUCUGUAAAGCCCAUGCCCAGCGAUAUAGCCAUGAAGCUAUAUUCUGGGAGGGGAUGGAUAGGUUGCAUUAUGAUUGUACUUGGAAGUUCAGGAUGGGGUUAUUUCACUGGCCAAUUAUGAACUUAGGCAUGCCUGAAUACGCUUCACCAAAGGAAGGAAGGAUACAAAAACUAAAAUGGUUCCCUGAUAUAUUUUUUAGAUACUUUCACGUUAUUUUCAGAGCCAUCUAUUGGCAGACAUUCAUUUUAAUUGGAUUUGUGGCCUCAAAAUAUCUGGAGAUGUUUGUAGAGUACAUGUGGCCAUGCUUAACAUGACACAUUAUGUAUAUAUUGCUGACUUCUAAAAGUAUAAACUAAUACUCAAAUUCAAUUCUGUACCCCAUGAGAAUGCUCUGCCUUAAAAAUAGCUAGCUUUUUAAACUUUAGGUUAUUGAAAAUCACUAAGGCCAAAUAUUGUGGAUUCAGUUUUCUAUCAUGUUACUUUUUUCCGCUUGUUUAGUGCUCAGUGGAGACAACUAUUGAGUCAUGCUGUUGUUUAUGGCUUAUAGCAUAGCAUGGAUAGCAAUAAGAUGUCCCCUGUAAAAGCUUUCUUCUAUUUUGAUUCCAACUCAUCUCAGCUUCACAAUUGGAAAUACAUCAAAGUAACACUUGAACUGGCAUGAAAUUGUAAAAAUAUUAUCAUUUUGAGAACCGAAAGCAAAAUAAGCCCAGUUAUUACUUUGCAGAUUAUCAUAAGUAUUAGUCUGAUAACUUCAGACAUUAGUGUUUUUUCAAAUUUCUGUAGCUGAAUUUUUACUAGAGCAACUUACUAUCCAGUUGCAAGGGAAUUGUGCCCAUUCUAAGCUAAGAUGGCAUACAUUCACUUUGCAUAGUCAUAUUGGUGGAUACUUAGAACCAAGCCAGAUAAAGAUUAUUUUAACUGAGGUAUUUAAAUAUGCG